GCUGUCAUUUGCUCUCUGGCUGUCGGAGAGGAAGGCACGCUUUCCUGGAGCUCCGGGUGUCGGAGCAGGUGUUCACUGUUUUGACUUGCCCGGUGAUUCUGAGCCUGUUGGGGGAUCUUAACGGUCUCAGGCAGCAACAUGGAGCCUACCCUGGUGGUUCCUACCCCAUCUACCUGUAUCGGCUGUAUGGGGCCCCAGCCAGACUACCCACCAGCUCUAAUCACCUUUAUGUUCUGCGCAAUGGUUGUUAACGUUGUCGUUGACCUGAUCGGCAACUCCAUGGUCAUCCUGGCUGUGACAAAGAACAAGAAGCUCCGAAACACUGGUAACAUCUUCGUGGUCAGCCUCUCUGCAGCCGAUAUGCUGGUGGCCGUCUACCCCUAUCCUCUGAUCCUACAUGCCAUGACCAUUGGGGGUUGGGAUCUGGGCCAUUUCCAGUGCCAGAUAGUCGGGUUCAUCACAGGGCUCACUGUGGUUGGCUCCAUCUUCAAUAUCAUGGCAAUUGCCAUCAACCGUUACUGCUACAUCUGCCACAGCCUCCAGUAUGAGCGGAUCUUCAGCGUGCGUAAUACCUGCAUCUACCUGGUGAUCACCUGGAUCACGACCGUCCUGGCUGUCCUGCCCAACACAUACAUUGGUGUCAUCGAAUACGAUCCUCGCACCUACACCUGCGUCUUCAACUAUCUGGACAACUCUGUCUUUGCUGUGACCAUCGUCUGCAUCCACUUCGUCCUCCCUCUCCUCAUAGUGGGCUUUUGCUACAUGAGGAUCUGGAUGAAAGUGCGGGCGGCCCGUGCCCCUGCUGGACAGAAUCCUGACAACCAACUGGCUGAGUUUCGCAAUUUUCUAACUAUGUUUGUGAUCUUCCUCCUCUUUGCAGUGUGCUGGUGCCCUAUCAACGUGCUCACUGUCUUGGUGGCUGUCGGUCCGAAGGAGAUGGCAAGCAAGAUCCCCAACUGGCUUUAUCUUGCAGCCUACUUCAUAGCCUACCUCAGUAGCUGUCUCAACCCUGUGAUCUAUGGGCUCCUCAAUGAGAAUUUCCGACGCGAAUACUGGACCAUCUUCCAUGCUCUGCGGCACCCUAUCCUGUUUGUCUCUGGCCUCAUCACUGAUAUUCGUGAGGCAAGGGAGGCUCGCGCCCUGGCCCGUGCCCGUGCCCGUGCCCGCGACCUAGCCCGUGAACAAGCUCGAGAACAAGAUCGUGCCAGUGCCUGUCCUGUGGAGGAAAUCCCCCCGAAUGCCCGGAAUAUUCCACUACCUGGCGAUGCUGCAGCUGGCCUCCCUGAACCUGCCCCUGGCCACCCUGAACCUGCUUCUGGCCACCCUGAACCUGCCCCUGGCCACCCUGAACCUGCUUCUGGCCACCCUGAACCUGCCUCUAGCCACCCCAAGCCCCAUUCCAGAUAUGCCUACCGCAAGCCUGCCUCUAGCCACCACAAGCCUGCCUUUAGCCAUUCCAAGCCUGCCUCUGGUCACCCCAAGUCUGGCAUUGUCUACCCUAAGCCUGUGUCUGUCCGCUUCAAGGGUGAAUCUGGACAUUUGAAGCCUGCCUCUGUCCAUUUCAAAGGUGACUCUGUCCAUUACAAAGCUGCGUCCAGCCACCUCAAGCCAAUCAUUGGUCGCCAUGUCUCUGCUACCAGCCACUCCAAGUCUGCCUUCAGUUCUGCCACCAGCCAUCCUAAACCCACCACUGGCUACACCAAGCGUACCACUAGCCACCCUGAGCCCACCACUGCUGACUAUCCUGAGCCUGCUGUCAUUGGUCACCCUGAGGCUGCCACCACCAGCCCCUCUAGGCCUGCUGCUGCUGGCCACCCUGAGCUCUCCACCUCCUACCGUCCUAAGAUCGCUGCCACCAGCUACCCUGAGCCUACCAUCAUCACUGACCUCCCUGAGCCUGAUGCCAUGAUUGACCUUCCUGUCCCUACUACUAUAGUCACCAGUGCUGCCAGUGAUUACCGAGAGGUUGUGGUUAUUGACUUUGAUGGUGAAGAUGAUUCGGAUGAAAUGGCUGUGUGA